AUGGAAUUUGAGAAAAACGAUACAGAGUUAACAAAAAAAGCUCCCAAUAAAAACUUGGCUAAUGAUGAUGAAGGUCGCGUAGGAGAAAUGGUGACUGCAGAUUUGGAUGAAUCUCCUACCGAAAGUUUGGGAGGAGUUGCGGAACCGGCAAUUCGCAAUGAAAUAAUACCUUUAGCUAACGUAAUCUCGAAAACGGGUAGCCAAAUUGAGACGACACAUGCAAAUUUUCGUAACGAAGUUAAGCCCCAAAGUUCUAAGCAACGAAGCCGUGGAAGAUUUCUGGAUUUCGUCAGGCACGCCCGUCCCAGUUUCCCUAGGAAAUCUAAAAGCAUAGCUAAAAUCCUGCUGAAGAAUUUAUUAUUAGCUAAAGGCUUCACUUCAAAAACUGCUGUUGAUGUUAAAAGAAGAGUUGAAAAGAAGAGCAUCCAACGUAAUCCCAGAAGGUCUAUAGGAAACGGUACUAAGAAGCCGUGCCCUAGAUGUGGACAUUCUUGCUGCUUCAAAGAUUCCUCCAUGCGAUAG